AUGACUAAUCACAGCGACGUUGCGAUAGAUUGCGACAACGGAUACCGUUUCACCGAGACGCAAGACUGGUUCUCCUUCAACAUCGACGCAUGGAGGAAUCUCUUCCCCACCGUAAACGCUGCGGCACCUUGCGUUCUCGAGAUCGGCUCGUGGGAGGGACGCUCCGCCGUGUUCCUCCUCACCGAGCUCUGUAAAGAGGGCGGUAGCAUCACCUGCAUCGACCACUUCGACCUUCACAAGACGCCGGCCGGCCGCGAGCGCUACGCCAAGAUCAUGCACAACCUCGCCUUCACCGGCAAGCCGUUCCGAGUGAUGGACGACUUCAGCUUUCCAGCGCUGAUGAAGCUGCUGGAGGAGGAGAUGUCGGCGGAGGAGCCCGGGUUUGAUUGGGUGUACGUCGACGGCUCGCACGAGGCGGACGACACGUUGCUCGACGGCGAGCUCGCCUGGCGCCUCGCCCGGAAGGGCGCCAUCUUCAUCUUCGACGACUAUAAGUGGAACGUGCAGCCGGUCGACGGCGUCCAUCACCCCAAGCGCGGUAUCGACGCCUUCAUGAGCGUCCACCGGGGGGAGUACGAGGUGCUCUCCAGCCCCGAUCAGUACCAGAUGGUCCUUCGCAAGUCGUCCGAUAUGCGUAUCGGGUUUCUUGUGAAGGAUCGCGCCGAGGAGCCCAAGUUGGCGGAGGCGCUGGGGUACGGCGUGAAUGUCGCCUUGGCCGUCGACUCGGCGUACGCGAUGCCCGCAGCCGUAUGCAUGCGGAGCGCUGCCGAGCGCACGUCCGGGCGCGUCACCUUCUACGUGGUCGACUGCGGGAUGACGGAGGCCGACAGGGACAGGAUCGAAGCUUCCGUCCCGCAGGAUCGGAAAAGCGAGUACACCGUCCAGUUCGUGCCGCUCCCUGCGGACGGGGUGGCGGCGAAGAGGGGCUCGUCGUGGGCGAAGCUCGACGUGAUCCGGGCGCUCCCGGUCGAGCGCGUGCUUUACCUGGAUGCCGACGUCCUUGUGCGAGGCGACGUCCGCGUCCUAUGGGACACAGAUCUGCGAGGGAAGACGAUCGGCGCCUGCAUCGACGUCGGCCACCCAAACGGCCAUGCGGAUAUCGCGAGAGGCCCGUACUACAACGCAGGCGUCAUGCUCGUCGACCUCUCUGCCGCGCGUCGCUCCGUAGAUGGCCUUCUGGGCUUGGCCGAGAGCAUGACAGACUCUAAGUUCCAAGACCAGGACGUGCUCAACGCGCAUUUCGAGGGGGAGUGGAUGGCCCUGGACCUGCGCUGGAACGCGCAGGGAUUGGGGACGUACGCGGGGUAUCCAUCAGAGGAGCGAGCGUCGUUGGACUUUGCGAGCAUGAAACGGCCUGAGAUCGUCCAUUUCACGGGCCCCGUCCACCCGACGGCGACGGAGGUACUGAACCCGUGGGUGCAGCCAUACACAUCCAAGCCGUGGGGAUACGUUGGCGCUCCCGGGCAUCCGUUCGCUAGAGAGUGGUGGGAAGUGCUGGAGAAGACUGCAUGGCAGGGUUACCGUAACUCGGACGAGUUCAAGGGUCGAUGCAAGAAGGCUAUGGAAGAUGCUUUGGGUGCGGUCCGACAGGAGUUCGCGCAGAAGGUCGAAAUUAUCCAGGAAGCCAUGUUCGCCGCAGAGCUGCAGUAG